AUUCGUUCUGGAAUAAUUACAUGGUAUUGGGUAUCAGAAAACAGUGAGCUAGAAUUCAGGGAACUUAGAGGGCAUUAGGACCAGGGAAAUAGGCAGUGCUCUGUGAAGUCUGGCAGCACCGAGGUUAUGUGUGAAGGGGAGGCAACCACUGCUUAUUUACAUCUGUUCUGAAGAACUGAGAUCAGUGUCACAACAGAGCGAGGCUGAGGCUCGGCUACAUCUGGGCGUCUUUCCCUUUCCUUAUGCAGCUGCAACUGGCUGCUUGGGCUUCAGCACUCUUGUAAAGCCAUCACACAAGGAAGAGCAAAAGAUAUUUUUAUUUGUAAUUUACCGCUCCUAACAACUAUUUUUGACAUUUAUUGCUUUUAUUCCUGUGCUGGAAAAAAACAGCACAUUGGUGUCGAUUCGCUUUUCCACCAGCAUGGAGGGAUUUCUCUGCAGGCAUCUGGAUGGGAAAUGAAAGAGAAGAUAUAAACAGCAAGUGCUAGAAGAGAGGAAAAAGACCUGCGUGGGAAAAGUAGAUGUGAGGCAGACAGGGCAACUGAUCUGGAAUGAAGACAUUUACUAAUAUCAUGUGUGUCUCAUUCUGCAACGCACAUCAUGUUACUGAGGAAGAGGUGCCGAUUGCUUUUAUGCCAGCUGCAGGUAGCCAUGCUCAUGUUUGGGCUGUUGUUGGUGCUGGUGAUUGUGGCGAUACUCAAUCCAGAAGCCCAGAGUGAGGACAAACUCCAAGAUGUUCAGAAUUACUAUGAAGGAGGCGGACAUGGAUUUGGAUGGGCAGGUGAGGACUUAGCACAGGAGAGAGCUGAGGACAGCAAUCACUUUAAAGUGGAAUUGCUGUCUCCUCUAUCCUCACUUAGGGAGGAGGGGCUCAUUGCCAUAGGCAUGUCUGGUCCAGAGAGGAACUUUGACAAGGUACCAAGAAAAAUGUACAGGAUAGUGAAGCAACUCAAGCGAAAGAAUGGGGAGGCUUCACCUUCCCCGGUACUGCGGAGUGAACAUAACCCAAAUGGUUUUGAUGAAGAAAUCAGCAAAAAUAUUCCUUUCCACCGGACAAUCCCUGAUGGUCGCCACCCAGUGUGCCUUCAGCAGAAUUAUGGUGAGAAGCUUCCCACAGCCAGUGUUAUUAUCUGUUUUCACAAUGAAGCCUGGUCUACACUUUUAAGAACUGUACACAGCGUACUGGAUAAUUCACCAAGAACAUUCCUGAAGGAAAUAAUCCUUGUAGAUGACUUAAGCCAUCAAGAACAUCUAAAGUCCGCCCUUAGUGAGUAUAUCUCCAGGAUUGGUGGAGUGAAGUUGAUAAGGAGUAACAAAAGGCUUGGUGUUAUUGGAGGCCGAAUGCUGGGAGCAGCAAGAGCAACAGGGGAGGUUCUUAUCUUUAUGGACUCUCGUUGUGAGUGCCACCCAGGCUGGUUAGAGCCAUUAUUAAGCAGAAUUCUGCAUAACAGGAAUCGGAUAGUCUCUCCUGUUAUAGACACUAUUGACUGGAAGACAUUUGAAUAUUAUCACUCAUCAGCGCUGCGACAAGGAGUGUUUGACUGGAAACUUGAUUUUCACUGGGUCCCUCUGCCAGAACAUGAGGAGAAGGUACGCCAAUCCCCCAUCAUUCCAUUCAGAAGUCCAGUAAUACCAGGAUAUGUGGUUGCAACUGAUCGGCAUUACUUCCAAAAUAUUGGUGGAUUUGAUACUGGUAUGAAUUUCUGGGGAGUUGAAACCACAGAACUUUCAAUUCGGGUGUGGCUUUGUGGCGGCUCAGUAGAAAUCGUGCCAUGUUCACGAGUCGGUCAUGUGUAUCAGAAUCACACUAUGUACAACUCUGUUCAAAAUGAGGCUUUAAUAAGCAGCAAAGUCCGAACUGCAGAGCUAUGGAUGGACUCAUACAAGGAAAUCUUCUAUAGGAACAUUGGGAAUACCUUAUUAAUGAGCAGGAUUGAUGAGUCUGAUAUCAAUGAACAUGAACAGCUGCGACAAAGACUGGGCUGUAAGCGCUUCCAAUGGUAUUUAGCCAAUGUACAUCCAGAAAUCAACACGUCAGCAUCUACAUUGGGAUCCUCUGGACAACUGUACAACGCAGGAGUUGGAUUGUGCAUGACGCAUACUUUUAAGGAAAGACUUUUUGUAACACCUGUUGAACUUUCCAGUUGUGAUGAGCAUGGCAAUCAGGUUUUUGAGUAUAACAACGUUAAUGAAAUCAGAUUCGUAUCAGUGCCCCUUUGCCUUACUGUGAGAGAUGAGCAGAUUUCACUUGAAAACUGUACGACCAGCAAACCUGCUGCCAGCCGAUUGUGGCACUUUAGUCAGACUGGCUCAAUCACACACAUUCCUACUGGAAAGUGUAUCGAGGCCAUGGACAGUGGGGCCAGCAAAUUGUUGCACUUGAAUCCCUGCAAUGACCAAAGAAAUCAGAUCUGGAAACUGUUACCUGCAGUGUGUCAAUCAUCUUGAUAAGGGGUGUUGUACAUUGCGCUGACUGAUGGAAUGGAGACCAUUAUUUAUUAACUAUAAACAACUGCAGAUCUGAGAUCUGUAACCAAAGGACCAUAAUCAUUAAUAUACAGCAACAACAUCACUAGUCCCAGAAUGGAAAUAUAUCUUUGGAACCCACAGUUGGAUCAGCUCUGUAACAGAAUUCUUUACUCUGACAUAGAGCUCCACCCAUGAUGAGGCACAGAGAGAAAAUAUUGUCUCCACUGGACCAGAUAUUCCUUUUUGUUGUCAGAUAACAGGUGGUACUGACCACUCCGCUAGUAAUAUAUGCUCCCAAAUGUUUCUCAUGUAGUGCCCAACACUCAAUCAUGCUUCAAAUUACAACAUUACAAGUCUCAGGAUACUCAACUAGCAAAACUGGAAAUUGACACAGCUUGGAACAGUGUUAGAUAUGGAAUUCUCCAGGCUACAGUUAAAGGAAAUCUUUGCUGCCACACCAAAAGACCAAUUGACUCUAAGUUAUAAAAGUAUAUAAAAAAUCAUAUGACAUAAUAAAAGGUAGAAGUGUUGAAUUAAA